AUGAGGCGACAUAGUAGAGGGAGCGGCGGACCUGCUGUUGUAAGCAAAUCCGCCGCUCUGGGCUCCGAUCCAAUGUCUCUCAUACGAACUUUCAAUUCAGAAACAAACCCAUCUCGGCCCGUACGUCCCUCUCCCCUAGCUUCGUCGCAGAUACAAGGAAUGCCUCUCGAUCUAAUCGACCGAAUACGUUCAUUUCCUCUGUUUCAAUCGACACCAGAAUCAUUCCUCGCUGAAAUUGGCCUGCACCUGCGUCCGCAACUAAACUCCACGAACGAUUACAUUUUAACAGAGGGAGAUGAGGCAAAGGCAAUGUAUUGGCUGGUUCGUGGAGCGGUUGUAGUCACCUCGCGGGACGGUGAAAGUGUGUAUGCGGAGCUGAAGCCCGGUGCCUUCUUCGGAGAAAUUGGAGUGCUAAUGGACCGGCCUCGCACUGCCACCAUAAUUGCCCGCACCCGAUGUUUACUUGUCGUGCUGACAAAGGAUGAUUUUAAAAAGAUUCUUCCCCGCUUUCCAGAGGUAGAACAGACCAUUAGAGAGGAAGCUGAGGAGAGGUUAUUGAUCUUGGAAAGGAAGAAGAAGGAGCCACUAAUGCAAAAUGAUCCUCUCGGGACCCAUAGGCGGGUGACAAAGAGAGUUCGCGAUUCCUUUUCUGGAAGCUUCAGUUUUGACGAGGACGGCCACUGUUCGAGUAAUAUCAGCAAAAAACGCAAAUCUCCUAGUCCUGGUUUAGCUGAGAAUUCGAGUUCAAGCGCCUUAGCCAAUGGGCUGGUCAAUGUUCGAUUAUUGUUAAAAGAGCUACCUUUAUUUGCCGGUCUCCCGUCCAAUAUUCUCCAUUUUCUUGGCCUCAAUGCGCACCCGCGAACAUAUCAACCUUUCACAGAUAUAAUACGACAAGAUUCGCAGGGACGCGAGAUAUAUUUUAUCGUACGUGGAGAGGUGGAGGUUCUAAAUGAGCAUCCAGAUGGGCGUGGAGCGCGUCGGGGCACGGACGCUGAGGGCCGGCGUGAGGUCCAGGUCAAGGCUCGACUAAAGGCUGGACAGUAUUUCGGGGAAGUUGUGAGCCUAUCACUGGCUCCUCGCAGGACUGCCACGGUUCGCACGGUCACGUCUGUUGAAUGUUUAAUGAUAAGCGCGGAGGUGCUCUCGGAAUUUUGGGAUCGAUGUCCUCCCCGUAUCCGGGAACAGAUCGAACGCACAGCUCGGAAGCGCUUGGUCACUACGGACGGUGACGUCGAGAUGGAGGAUGUUGCUGCUGAUGCAGUGCCUCCAAUGGAUGAACUCGUAAUUAACGAGAACUUCCAUGGCUCGGUUAGGAGGCAGUCAAUGCCUCUACUCACGCUCACUGAAACAGAACUCGACAGUCCGCACAAGUCAACACGAAUAGAAGAUCGACCUAUCCUAAAGCCCUCUGACCCUGACCCCUUCCUAAUUAUCGGCUUGGAUAAUGUACGAUCUCGGUCUCGACGUGGCUCUCUUGCGCCAAUCGUGCCUGAUGGAUCUUCGCUACCUCAAGAUCAGCGACAGCAGUCUCCGGUGAGGCCUCAGUCCGGCGCAGCGUCCCCGCCAAAACCAACAACCUUUAACAUCCCCAGCUCUGCCUUUUGCCCCACGCAGUCAACUACCUCACAUCAUGCCAAGCAAUUAAGUAAAUGCUACCUUAACGAUGACAUCCUAGUCUCUAUAUUCCAACAUCUUGAACUUCACUAUCUCCUUCGCCUCCGGGUCAUCUCGCGUCACUGGUCUAACAUGAUUACCAAAUCACCCCUACUUCUGCAAUUUUUAGACCUCAGCUGCUACAACCGGAAGCUUACAGACGACAUACUUUCAAAUAUCAUUUGCCCCUUUAUCGGCGACAGGCCUCGCUCUAUCAACAUGAAUAAUUGCUUUCAUAUCACGGAUGAGGGUUUCAAGGCAUUAGCAAAUGCUUGUGGUGGAAAUCUUAUAUCAUUGAAGAUGAAAAGUGUAUGGGAUGUAACAGCUUCUGCCAUUUUGGAUAUGGCCAACAAAGCGAAAUUUCUGCAGGAAAUUGAUCUGAGUAACUGCCGGAAAGUCAGCGACACGCUUUUAGCUAGGAUUGUCGGGUGGACCGUGCCUAAUCCUUCAUUCGGACAGCACUUUCUGAACGGAAAAUCCGUCCCCAAUGCUAAGUGGGCGGGUGUAGGGCUAGUCCAGAACAUCACUCUGCAGAAUACCCCUGCCAGCGGAACGGUUGUGGGGUGCCCGGGUCUUAAACGCCUGGCUCUCUCAUACUGCAAGCACGUCACAGAUAAUUCCAUGCUUCAUAUAGCGUCCCACGCUGCGUCGCGGCUGGAAGAAGUCGACCUAACAAGAUGCACGACGAUAACUGAUAAAGGCUUUCAGUUCUGGGGAAAUGCGCAGUUCCUUCGACUACGGAAGCUUUGCUUGGCAGACUGCACAUACUUAACCGAUAAUGCUAUCGUGUACCUAACCAACGCAGCGAAAGGGUUACAGGAGCUUGACUUGUCCUUUUGCUGCGCCCUUUCCGAUACAGCCACUGAAGUGUUAGCACUAGGCUGCCCGCAAUUGACGCAUCUCAAUUUAUCCUUCUGCGGCUCAGCGGUUUCAGAUCCUUCUCUGCGCUCUAUUGGCUUGCAUCUUCUCCUUCUGCAAGAGCUGUCGGUCCGUGGGUGCGUGCGGGUUACCGGCACGGGCGUUGAAUCUGUCCUCGAUGGAUGUAACUUCCUUCGUGUUUUUGAUGUUAGCCAGUGCAAAAACCUAACGCCGUGGCUAGAUUAUGGCUUUCAUAGGAAGUAUGGAGAUAAGAUACGGUAUGAGACAAUUUCCAAGAAUGGUAAACUGGUUCGAUGA